UGACCUAGACGGGUGCGUGAUCCACUCUCCCAGUUUCCCCUGUCCACGAGCCGAAACCCCAGCCACCAUCUGGUUCUCAUCUCUCUGUUCCACUGAAAUUCCCGGGGAACAAACACUCACUUCCCAAGGAUAAAUCCUCAAGGUUGAUUUACACGCUAGUGGCUGUGCCGCGACGUGCGGCGAGAGACAUGUCUGUGCAGUGCACCGCAAACUCACUCCGGGCUCUUGCUGCCCUCCCGGCGCCAUCCCCCUCCCGCCGCCUGGCGAGAAAUGAAUGCCUUAUGCCAUGCCGCCCGAGUCGCACCGGUGCGUUGGUCCGAGCUGCGGAUUCUUCGCCUCCUGCCGCACCCGCGUCAUCGUCCGGAGCAGCCGAUGACAAGGCCGUCAUCCCCGACGAUGAGUUCACCCUCGCCAAGGUGUCUUUUGGCGUGAUUGGACUAGGGAUAGGUGGCUCCCUCUUGUCGUAUGGAUUUGGGGCGUAUUUCAAUCUUCUGCCUGGUUCGGAGUGGUCUGCUCUGAUGCUAACCUACGGAUUUCCUCUCACAAUCAUAGGCAUGGCCUUAAAGUAUGCUGAACUGAAACCAGUGCCCUGCAUAACCUACUCUGAUGCUUUCGCUCUAAGAGAGAAGUGUGCUACCCCUAUCCUCAAGCAGGUCAGGAGUGAUGUUACACGUUAUAGAUAUGGUGAUGAGCAGCAUCUCGAUGAAGCGCUAAAGCGGAUCUUUCAAUAUGGUUUGGGUGGCGGCAUUCCAAGACGUAGUGCACCUAUAUUACAAAAGAUUCAAGAAGUAACUGAUGAUGGGAAAUACUGUUUAGUACUGGAAUUCGAAGCCAAAUCGUUGGAGCUAUCAGAUUUUGAGAAGAGGCAGGUCUGGCCAGAAACGGCCCGGACAAGGAUUUUCGUCAUGGUUACCGAGACCAGCCAAUGGAGACCAGCACAACAACAAGUAGACAACGACUUCAACAAUGUAACGACGCAAGUUUGUUGCUGCUGAUACUGACCAAUAAAGGCAAGGACAAGAGUUUUCACACUGGACAAGGAACAGUGCUCCUGUCAGCAUCUAAAUGAUGGAUCGUUCGAUAGUCGCCUCCGCCGGUACUCCACGCAAAGGCCAAAAGGCGCUAGCUAAUUGGUGCGAUGUCUUCACACUGCACCGACCGUCAGGUGGACGCCCAUGUCUCAGCAAGGAAUUGGCUACUGCCACUCCACGCUGGCGUGAGUUACAAUGCAGUAUCCACCAUAUUGUUGGAGCCGCUGUCCUAGUGCUAGAAGCUGGCGUGUAACCGCUAGUGCGCCCCUUGCUCAUGUUACCUAUGAAUUGAGAUACGAGAGUGAGCGAGAGAGGAAGACGAAGACACACGAGUUUUCUGCUGCAUAAUUCUUUGCAGUUUUUCUAGCUUUCUCCUUUUAUUCCGAAAGAAACAGUAAACGUGCCAUGUAGCUCACCCAACGACCAGUCAUGCCAUCCCAUGACCCGGGCUUGCACCAUGCCAUCCUACAAUCUUGCCGAGGAUCGCACAGACCAUGUCCUUCUGCUCAAUUAUGUUAGAGUUAUAUUAGUGAUGUCUUUUGGUCUUUUGCAUUCUAGUCUCUUGGCAUCCUUUUUUUUGAGCUAAUCUUGGUAUCCUUUUGUUGCCUUUUGACAUCCUCAUGUAUGUGUACAUACGCUGGUUUUGGUAUUCCAAUAAUACAAGUUGCUUUGAUAACAUGGUAACAGAGCCCAGGUUUUUGGGUCUCCACUGCACGUUGCAACUCGUCCUGCUCGAAUUGAGUUUUUUUUCCCGGUCUUCCUUCGAUCUCUACAUCGAUUUCUUGGUCGUUUCUCCUGAUCGCUCGCAGCUGCCCUACUGCUGUUUUCGGUCUUCGAUCGGUUUGGAUCUGCUGCUGUACGCGUGUGACGCUUGCUGAUCUGCUGCUCCAGAUCAAGCCUCCGUCCGCCAUCUGUACAGUUCGUAUCCUCCAAGGUCGCCGUCUGUACGGUUCGUAUUCUCCUGCUGGAUCGUGCCGCACGUCUUCCUCCAAGGUUGCCGCCGAGCCCGUCGCUCUCUGGCCGCCGCUCUGCCGCUGGCUCCUCCCGUUCAUUCGACGCCGCCGCCUACAUCACUGCGAGCCGACAUGCGGCUGCCGGCUCCGAUUCCCACCUGUCGCCGGCGCCCUCCCGCGGGUCCUUUGCACACGCGUUGCUCCUUGCCCCCGCUGCAUCCCAGGCCGGGACGCCCCGCCGCCUCACGUGCUCCCGUUUUGGCCGCCCUCUGGAUCAAGUUGUCCAGCGCUCCACUGGAUCGAGUUGUCCGCUUCUCGAUUGAUUUUUCGAGAAAACGCAUGAGAGCGUGCGUUUCAUUGCUUCUCGAUUGAUUGGUCCCCGAUCGAUUCUCUUGAUCUUUUUUUUCCUCGAUUGAUCUGCCGCUGCUCCUGACCGCUCAUGUCCAGGCUCAUCGGGUGUUCUGUUGUCUGUAUUAGGCUCUUCCGGUGGUUAAAAAAAAAGAAAAAAGAGUGUAAAAAAAAGAGGCACAAUGCUUUCGUCAGGUACGUCACUCCCUCGCUGCCCGGUGUUUUUCUACGGUGUUCCCUUCACUGAUCCCAUGUUGCACAUGCGCCUUUCCUCGGUGCUUGAUGCUCGCCCGCUUGAAGGUGGUGGUUGUCACUCUACUUCGACACCUUCCGACUUCCACCGGUGUUGUUGGCCGCUCUACAUCAACUCCUUCAACGGCUGCACUGCCUCCCUUAGCUGCUUCUCUGCGGUGUUGGUCGUUCUUCUGCGACUCCUCUCGUGGCUUCCGUGCGCGACGAUGACCGUCGCCCUAUGUCGACUCCUCUCGGCUUCCGCGCGCGGCGGUGACUGCUUUACUUCGACUCCUCUCGCGGCUUCCGCGCACGGCUAUGACCGUUCUAUGUCGACUCCUCUAGUGGCUUCCACAUGCGGCUGCACGUUGACUCGCUACUCUCGGUCGACUCUACACGCGGCUUUCACAGAUGGUGGUGGUUGCUCAUUGUCGGCAGGUGUUUCUACCUGGACCGCUUCCGCCGUGCGCGUGAGAUUGCGCAACUGCGAUGCCUGCUUGCCGCUUGGGAUUCUUCACCGACAGGUUCUGCAGUUUCCGUGACCGACUCUUCUGACAUUGAGAAACCACCUUUUACUCAUUCAGGUACAUCCCCAUGGAUUCUUGAUACUGGAGCGUCUUUUCAUAUGACUUAUGAUUCUUCCACUUUGACCUCUGUUCGACCUGUCGAGUCUCCUGUUCAUGUUCUUACGGCUGAUGGCACUCUCCUCCGUCGCUCAUGUUCCUCGACUUACCAUGCAUCUCAUAUCUGGGGGUCAAAUUGUUGACUCUAGUUGUAGGGCAUUCUCGACUUUGAUUCGUGUUCUGUUCAGGGUCGCCGCACGGGUGCUCUACUUGGUGCUGGCCUUGACGCCCUGAUGGUCUCUGGGAGCAUGACUGGCUUCGUCUUCCCUCCGCUGCUAGCGCCUUUAGUCUCACAACCCCCAUUGAUGCAUCUACCAGCUCCUUUUGGCAGUGGCAUCAUCGUCUUGGCCAUUAUGUGGUUCUCAUCUCUCAUUUUUGGUUCAUCGUGGUGUUCUGGGGUCUGUCUACGGUAAUGCUUUGUUGGAUAGUUUGGGUUGUAGGCUUGGUAAGCAGAUUCAGCUACCUUGAGUCAGUGUCCGAGCGCCAUUUUGAUCUCGUUCACUCUAAUGUUUGGGGUCCGGCUCCCUUCACUUCGAAUGGGGGCCAUCGCUACUAUAUUAUCUUUAUAGAUGAUUUUUCCCGGUACACUUGGAUCUGUUUCAUGUCUCUCAUAGUGAGGUCUUAUCAACAUACAAAAAGUAUGGUUCAUACCCAGUUUUCCACUCCUUUUCGUGCUUUUCGUGCAGAUUUGGCUGGUGAGUAUAUCUCCCAUGCAGUGCGAGGAUUCCUAUUGUUGCCUUUUGGCAUCCUCAUGUAUGUGUAUAUAUGGUGGCUUUGGCCUCCCAGUAAUACUCAUAACAAAUUCUAACAAACAAGCAAAGAAAUCGCUAACGGAAAUGCUACCUAAGAAGCGCUGCUGUGGCAGCUAAAAUGGAUUGCCAUGGCAGCCAAAAAUGCCGCCAUGGCAUGCUUAUUUUCCUGAGCGAUGUAGUUCGACAGGCAACAGUCUCCCCCUUCAACCCUGCUGCGAGAGAGUGAAGUCGAUGAUGCCGAUCAAGAGGCGAAGCUCUUGGAAGCGCACAUGCCCAAAGUGACUCUUCUCAGGAUAUCAAACUUCUGCUUGAUCGUGCCGAUGAACUCCCCGACCACAAUACCGUUGUCAACACAAUCCCUGACAAGGUGACAACACAAAUCUAUAUGCUUGUUGUGAUCAUGGAGAAUUGGGUUCUUGCAAGGCGAGAUUGCUGACUUGAUUUUCGAUGUAGAGCACCGAGGGAGCCGUGUCUCGAUUGAGCACCUCCCCAUGUAGAUGCGAGACCGUGUGAUUGAGCUUUGAACUUAAUUUUGCCACAUGUAGUGCAUCGGCAAACAAUGCGUCCAACGCCUCGGAACAUCCUUGGCCAAAAGAACUUGUUCGCGAGCAUAUCAUAAGUCUUUUCGUGUCCAAAACGGCCCAUGAGUCUGCUUCCAUGUGAUUCUUGCAAAAGUAGCAAACACAAAAAACUCGUUAGCACGCAUGAGAUAGCCAUCAUUAAUGUUGUAUUGUUCCCAACAAGUGACAUCUUGACAAUUAGCAAAGGGAGUCGCAAAGAAAGCAUCAUACACUUGCAAUUCUUUUAUAUAUAAAAAAACCAAAAACAUUGAGUUAAAGUUUAGUGGACAACAUUCAUUUGUUAGAAAGAGCAUCCGCAACAACAUUUCUUUACCCUUUUUGAACAUGAUUAACAACAACAACAAAGCCUUUAGUCCCAAAUAAGUUGAAGUAGGCUAGAGGUGAAACCCAUAAGAUCUCGCGACCAACUCAUGGCUCUCGCACAUGGAUAUCAAGCUUCCACGCACCCCUGUCCAUAGCUAAUUCUUUGGUGAUACUUUAAUCCUUCAGGUCUCUCUUAAAGAUUCCUCCCAUGUCAAAUUUGGUCUACCCCGACCUCUCUUGACAUUCUCCACACGCUUUAGCCGUCUGCUAUGCAUUGGAGCUUCUGGAGGCCUGCGCUGAAUAUGCCCAAACCAUCUCAAACGAUGUUGGACAAGCUUCUCUUCAAUUGGUGCUACCCCAACUGUAUCUCGUAUAUCAUCAUUCCGGACUCGGUCCUUCCUCGUGUGGCCACACAUCCAUUAGCACGAUUGGAUCUCCAUGCUCCUUUGCACCUCCAACACACGCAUUCUCAUCAAUGGAUCGCCUAGGCCUUCGAUCUCCCAUGCCUGUGGGCUUCGGCGGGUUGAUCCUUUAUCCCCUAUGCUCUUCACUAUUGCCAUCGAUGCUCUAAAUUACCUUCUCAUGCAUGCUCACCGCUUCGGCAUGCUGCAGCAUCUCACGACACGCCAUGCCGCCUCCAGCAUAUCUCUUUAUGCCGACGACGUCGUCAUCUUCUGUCACCCAUCCUCGCAAGAUCCGCGUGCCAUCCGCGAGCUGCUUCGCGUGUUCGGUGAGGCUUCUGGUCUAUGCACUAACUUUGCAAAAUGCUCGGCUACACCUAUUCAGUGCGCUGACCCCGAGCAGCUCACCAUUGGCAAUGAGCUCAUGUGCAAUUGUCAUCUUCCCCAUUACCUACCUCAGGCUCCCCCUCUUGGUCCGGAAGCCUUCUGUAGCAUCGCUGCAACCCAUCAUCAUCAAGCAGCUGUCAACUUGGCACGCCACGCUCCUCUCCCACGGAGAGCGUCUUGCCCUGGUGCGUCACGUGCUAUGUGCCAUACCCACCCACAUCUUGGUGGUUCUGGCUCUUUGCUCGCCGAUUCUUAAGCAGAUCAACCGAAGUAUCCGUGAGUUCCUUUGGCACGGUUGGAAAGAGACCAUUCCGUCAAUGGCCACGGUCCCGUGCACUGGCAACGUGUUUGUCACCCUCUCGAGCUGGGUGGCCUUAGGGAUCCCGGACCUCCAACGUUCCGGCGUUGCCCUGCGCGUGCGCUGGCUAUGGUCUCAGCGGAUCGACCCUUGUAGACCUUGGGUUCAUCUUCACCUACCAAGCGACCCGGACGCCUCAUCCGUUUUCCAAGCAUCCAUCACCUGGACUGUUGGCAACGGACACACUUGUCAUUUCUGGACGGAUCCAUGGAUCGAUGACAAGGCCAUCUCUGAUUUGGCACCCUCUGUUCUACCGCUUGUUGCCCGGCGUCGAUGCAAGUCUUGUUCGGUGACCGAUGGGCUUCAGGGCCGCAGCUGGGUGGCCGACAUUCGUGCGCGCGCUCACGCCAGGUGCUAUGAUCCAGUAUGUGCAGCUUUGGAGGCUUCUUCGGCCCGUAUCCCUUUCUACCGCCGCUGAUCGCCUCUCUUGGCGGUCGUCCACCGAUGUCUGUUAUUUUGCCAAGUCAUACUACCGUGCUCUCUUCGCUGGCUCUACUGCCACCCCUUUUUGGUGUUUGACUUGGCGUUCCUGGGCUCCUCUUUGAGUCAAGUUCUUCAUUUGGCCUGCCGAUGUUGACCGCUGCUGAACCUUUAUGAGGUUGGCCCGUCAUUGCUUGCUGCACAACGACCGCUGCGCCCUUUGCGAGUUCCUUCCUUGGUGCGCGACGGACAUUGCCGCUUUUCCCUCUGGCCAUCGAAUGGGGCUGGCCACGUUGGCAAUCCUCACCGCUUGAUCCAUUUGGCGUCAGCGCAACCGGUGCGUAUUCGACAAUGAGAGCCCCUCCAUCUCGCGGCUCAUUGCAUCCAUCCAAGACGGGAACCAGAUCGUCGUAAGUUAGAAGUAAUGCAGAGGGACGUCGAUCGUUUCCUACCGUCCCUCACGCAUCCUACGGUGGCCGGUGGAAUUGACCAAGACAACGCUCGACGUUCGAAGGCCUUGCAGCCCACGAGCGAAAUCCUCCCAUGAACAGCCCAUUCACCUCAGGAAAAAACAACAGCGUAAAUAUACUGCCGCUGCCGCUGCCAACACGUUGACUAGGGAACUUUAGUAUAUAUAUAUCAAAAGAAAAGAAAAAAGACUAGAGAACUUAGAGCAACGCCACGCGUGUUUUAUUCACUUUUUGUUCAUUUGGAUCAGCCGAGCGGACGAGUGCGUCUGUUUUUUGAUUUAGGUCGACCAGUGCGCCGAACGGGUCGCAGACCAAUUUUUCCCGUGAAAAAAAUAUAUUUAAAAAACACGCGGCUGAAAUAAACAUAAUUAAACAUUAAAUGGUCGGUCAACCAUGGGCCAAAGUCUACUUAAAUAUUAAUAAAACUUGAAAAAAACUUGCGCGGCCAGCACUCUGACCUAGGCGGCGACGGCGUUCUCGCCGAGGCCGGUGAGGUCGACGACCGCCGGCGCCAGCUCAGGCCAAGGGAAAGUGCUCUUCCAUGCCGCACGCGCCGCCUCCUCCGCCAACUGUCCAGCCCCCCGCCGUUGGUGCUCCUUCUUGAGGCCAAGUUCGAGCCGCCAUCCACGGAGCCCAACAAUGGAUGGUGCCCGGGCUGGCGGAGAAGCGCGCCGACAGCGAGCAGCAGAUGAAGCUGGAGCGCCGCUUGGCACGGGAGGAGGAGGAGCGCGCCCGCGCAGCAGCAGUGCAGCCGCCGGCGGGACAAUUGGCGAAGCAGGCGACGCGUGCGGCGUGGAAGAGCGCUUUCCCUGGCCUGGGCCGGCGCCGGCGGUCAUCGACCUCACCGGCCACGGGAAGGACACCACUGCCGCCUAGGGUGGCAUGCUGACCGCGCAAGUUUUUUUAAGUUUUAUUAAUAUUUAAGUGAACUUUGGCUGGCGGUGGACUGACCAUUUAAUGUUUAAUUAUGUUCAUUUCGGCCGCGUGUUUUUUAAAUAUAUUUUCUUGAUGCCGGAAAAAUUGAUUUGCCACCCGUUUAUCGCACUAGCUGAUCCAAACCGAAAAAUAGACGCACUCCUCUGCUUGGCUGAUCCAAAUGAACAAAAAGUGAACAAAAACGCACGGUUCAUUUGGGUCACCACGUUAGGGUUGCUCUAAGUUUCCUAGUCUUUUUUUUUCUUUUGAUCAUAUAUACGAAAGUUUCCUAGUCAACGUGUUGGCGGCGGCAGUGGAGUAUAUACGCAGUUUUUUCUCCUAAGGUGAAUUGGCUGUUCAUGGAAGGAUUUCGCUCGUGGGCUGCAAGGCCUUUGAACGUCGAGCGCUGUCUUGGUCAGUUCCACCUGCCACCGUAGGAUGCGCGAGGGACGGCAGGAAACGAUCGACGUCCCUCUGCAGUACUUCUACCUUACGUCAGACGAUCUGCUUCCCCAAGACGAGGCCGCGUACUGGGCUGGAGCGGGCGCCCAUGGUUUAAGAUUGAUGCUUGAGUAGUUGCUUUGCUUUGUACACGGGCUGAGCAACCCGCCACCAAGGCUCUGGCUUAUCUCUGUCUUGCCGUGUGCGCAAGACUACGAGCUGCCAUCCCCUUCUUUGUGCUCUGUCCUACCUAUGAAUGAAAUGAUACGUCCCUGGUGUAAGAAAAAAAUACUUUUAGAUUGUACUCUCGUAUGUACCUACAUUUGGAUGUGUGUAUUUUCAUGGGGCAUUUACAUUUGUGCCCCUAACUCGAACUCACUACUCAAAUUUACCCCUAACUUUUUGAUGUGCUCAAAUUUGCCCCUAAAAAGCAUUUUAGGUCGCUAGAAUGCCAUUCCAUCUGGUCAAAUUUGUUUGACCGAAACUUUGAAAAUUCAUAACAAAUUGAUAUGAACUCAAAUGAAUGCAAAAUAAGAUAUUAGAAUGUUUAUAAAAACAUCACCUAUAUGCGCAUGUCAUUUACGUUCAUGACAAAAGCACUCUUUAAAGCUUUUUAGGGUUUAUAACAUUAUAAAACUAUUUAGGAUGAAUGCAAAUAAAUGCACGUCUAGGCGAUAAACAUAAAUGACAUGCGCGUAUAGAUGAUAUUUUCAUAAACAUUUUGACAUCUUAUUUGCAUUCUUCCGAGUUCAUAUGAAUUUGCUUUAAAUUUUCAAAGUUUCGAUCAAACAACUUUGACUAGAUAGAAGGGCAUUCUGGCAACCUAAAAUGCAUUCUAGGGGCAAAUUUGAGCACAUAGAAAAGUUAGGGAUAAAUCUGAGUGGGCGCAAAUUAGGGGCAUAAAUGUAAAUGCCCAUUUUUCUUACAAGGUAAUGGCCCUCGUACGGUUAACAAAAGCACACCGAAAUUUACGAGAUCACGUCGUGAAUCUAGGAGAUUAAAGGUGAGUAUCUCGAUCCAUAACAUCAAUAAGUUAAAUCACCCUUUAAAACUUCAAAGACUACCUUCAGUCUCCACCGCGGAUCUACAGACGACUUUUCUAAAGGGGGUGUACUAAAAUACGUCGUGGCUCACGCGUUGCCCUUCUCGGACGACACAGGAGCGACCCAAACCCUAGCAUCCACCACCUCUCCUUUCUCCCCCCUCCUCGCCGCCACCCAAGGAGUCUGCCGGCUACUGCGCGUCUUCCGGUGAAGGUGGCGGCAAGGAUCUGCUGCCUCGCACCGGUGUGAGUGGCUUUGGAAGCCAGGGUGACGGCCUUGGGUGGAGAUGGCCUUCCCUUCCGCCUGCUUGGGCGGUGAGGUCUCGUUGCAGCGGCAGGUGGCUUCUUCUUCCUCCCGGCCCCUUCCCCUCGUGGCGGUCUCCUCUCGCCGAUCUGCUCGUCGGCUUGUCAGAUCGGGCUGUCGAGGAUGGGGUCGUGGAAGUCUUGGAAUGGGGGAAACACCUGGUCGAUUUCACGUCAACCUCGAUGCCGGCGGCGCUCCGGUGCCGUUCUUCCUCUUGAGAGUGGGUCAAACUACCAGGUCCGCCCCUCCUCCCUUCUUCCCGACGAAAGUCUUGGCCUUUGGCCGGAUGGCGGAGGCGUCCUGGUGUCUUGGUCCUCCUUGGAGGCGCCGUUCAAGGGAUGGUCGGGGGAUGUGGUCCUCGUGCGUGGUGAUUGGUGGCGGUGGCGGUGCUCGGCUCUCCUGGUUACCGGCGUUGGUGGUGGCAAGUUUGUCCUUCCGCAUCUUUCAGCGGCUCCUUGCCUUGUUUGCUUGUGGGUUGCCGACCGGUGGUGGGCGCCCACGUGUGUGGCACGGUCUGGAUGAAGGGGAGAUACGGCAGUUGCCUGAGGCGGCGGGCGGCGGAGUCGUCGUUCUUCAAGCAGUCUGUUUUUUCAUGUCCACGGCAAUUGCUGUUGUCUGGAUACUAUGGUUCUGCUGUUCUGGCUACACGAGAUCUUCGGCGAUGCCUUUGUAAUUCAACACUAUUGUAUCCUAGCCGGUUGUUGGCUUCAUUAAUUUGAAGUCGGGCUUUCGUGCA